GUCUGACAAACUCCCCACAAAGUGUUGACAGUUUGUAAAAUGUUAACGAAAACAAGUGUAACGGGAGUCUUACUAACAUUGUUCCUAUUUUUCAAAUUCGGAUCCUCAAUCUUCUGCUACGAUUGUAACAGUGCCUUCGAUCCGCGAUGUGGGGAACGAUUCGACCCGUUCAGUCUCGGUGUCGUCAACUGCUCUUUAAAGGACCCACCAGAGCACAUAGAGCCCGUCGAACCUACAUUUUGUCGGAUUAUUAAAAUGGAAAUCUAUGGCAAUGUGCGAAUCGUGAGGCAAUGUGGAUACCUCAAGGAAGAGUCUGAGGAGCACACGUGUAGAAAACAAACAGGCAACGGUGAAGUAUUCGUCACAUACUGCACUUGUGACACGGACCUCUGCAACGGAGCUCCGAAAAUACAUAAGAAUAUGGCGUUAAUUCUAGCCGUUUCUCUAAUUUACUAUUCACAAAAUAUACUAUAAUUCUUCAGAGUGUUUCUGUAAAUCACUUUUAUAAUAUAUUAAUGUUUAACUUAUAACUGCCAGAUAUUUGAAAUGUGUGUAUUUGCCAUUGAAAUAAAUGACGUUAAGGCUA